AUGCUUAACGGCGAAAACAAGUACAACAUUAAAGUUCCUUCGAUUUUCGUCACCAAUGGUGGUGGUAAGCCUGAAAAACAGCGUUCUGAUGACUUGAGCGCAAGAUUGGGUGUCACCAUCACCCCAGACCAGAUCAUCCAGGGUCACACCCCAAUGAAAGACUUGGUCAAUGUUUACGAAAACGUUCUUGUUGUGGGAGGUGUUGGCAACGUUUGUCGUCAUGUGGCAGAAUCUUAUGGUUUUAAGAACGUUUUCACCCCAUUGGACAUCUUGAAAUGGAACCCAGCCGUGUCUCCGUACCACGACUUGACCGAGGAAGAACAAACCUGUGCGCGUGAAGUGGACUUCUCCAAGACUCGGAUCGACGCCAUCUUGGUGUUCGCCGACUCUAGAAACUGGGCUGCUGACCAGCAAAUCAUUUUGGAGUUACUUUUGUCAAAAAAUGGUGUCAUGGGUACUGAAUCCAAAACGUACGAUGAAGGACCAGAGAUCUACUUUGCCCAUUCGGACUUUAUCUGGGCUACAAACUACAAAUUAUCAAGGUAUGGAAUGGGUGCUUUGCAAGUAUCGAUUGCCGCACUUUACAGAGAACACACUGGAAAAGAAUUGAAGGUGAACAGAUUCGGUAAGCCUCAAAAGGGUACGUUCAAAUACGCCAACAAGGUGCUUUCUAGUUGGAGAAAGGGUGUUUUGGACGAGCACUUGAAAAAAUUGUCUGUAGAUGAUCCUGAUGCUGGAGAUGCCGACAUUUUGAUCACUCAAGAUGGAGAAGAGAUCAUCAACCAAGCCAAGUUGGAGGCUGCAAGAGACUCGUCUGAAGAAGAGUCUGAAGCUGAAGACGAGGACGCAGAGGAUGGCGCUUUGGCUGUGGGUAAAAAGGAUAAGAUCACUUUGCAAUUACCACCAGCUUCAACGGUAUACUUUGUGGGAGACACCCCCGAGUCCGAUAUUCGUUUUGCAAAUUCGCAUGAUAUAUCAUGGCACUCGAUUUUGGUGAAGACGGGAGUGUACCAGGCGGGUACUGAGCCUAAGUACAAGCCCAAGCACUUGUGUGAUAACGUUUUAGAGGCAGUGGAAUAUGCGAUUGAGAGAGAGCACGAAAAGGAAUUAGCUGAAUGGAACGCUCAUGCCGACGAUGACGAUGACAAGGGUUCACGGGUGAACUUCUCGGACUUUAUGAUGACUCCAUCAGAAAAGAAUAAGGAAGAAAAGAAACCAAUAAGUGCGGUGGAUGAGCACGAAUCGGUUGAAGUUCCUCAAGGAUUGAGUGAACAACUUGAGAAGUUGAAGAACAUGCAGGUAUAA